UUAAGUUUCAAGAUGGCUAAGCUUGUGACCAUAGCCAAGAAGAAAAAUGGCAUUGUAAAGCUCAAGACCGCUGUUGGGAAGCUUCAAAGAAGCCUCUCUUUAGGGCGAAGGUCCGAUUCUGGUCAAGAUGAGUGUGAUGACGAAGUCGGGGAUGAUGGAUCGAGUACUCUGGUACCAGAAGACGUCAAAGAAGGGCAUUUUGCGGUUGUGGCGGUUGACGCCGAGGAGCCAAAACGGUUUGUCGUUCCAUUGAGUUGCUUGACGAAUCCGACAUUUUUGAGGCUUCUAGAGGCUGCAGCCGAGGAGUAUGGAUUUGAACAUGAAGGGGCGCUGACGGUACCUUGUCGACCGAGCGAGCUCGAGCGAAUCUUGGCGGAGGAAUGGGUAGAAGAGGAGGAGGAUGAGGAGAAUGGGUGCAUUUGGUGAUAGUGAGAUUGGAGAAACAGUAUAACCAUGGGGGGUUUUGAAGCUAUUGAAAUGACCCAAAGAAGUUAUCAAGAGGUUGUUUUUUUGUGGCUUCAACUCUUCAUGGCCUUUGUAAAACUUUUCACCAAAUGGAAAAUUUGGUAUUUUGAGUAUGGCUAAUCAAAGUUUUAUGGCCAUUUGGUAGCAUGUUCAUUCUUCUUCUCAGUUGUGUUGUGUUUAAUAAUUUGGUGUGAUUUUACUCUCAAUUUGGUAUUCUCCUGUGUUAAAAAAAAUGGUGGUUUUCUAUUUUUUGUUGUUUUCUUGG